AUGUCUUCGAUCCCGCCUAUCCUGCCGCGAACUACUCGCGAGAGUGCUCGUCUCGAACGAGAAGCGCUCGCUAGAACCACGCGCCGCUCUCCCAGCGCCGAUGACGCUAAUAACCAAGACGCUGCCGGCAUCCCUGCAGAUGAACCCCAGAAAGAGCCACGGGAGCCAUUCUUGCGUGCAUUGAAGAAAGUGGUCAAAGUUAGCGAGACUCUUGGUGGCCACUUUGAGGAGCUGUCGAAAACGUACAUCGAGAAGUCUGACGAGUACAGACAGACUCGGGAAAACCUCGACGCUGCCAACGACAGUAUCGACCAGCUGCGUCGAGACCUGGACAUAGCCAAUGAGUAUACUGAGCAGCUUCGUCAGGACUUGGACAUCGCGAAUGACAAUCUUGAUCUGGCCAGCGACUACAUCGAGCAACUGGAGCACAAUGAUUCUCGGCUUGCACCAUCUUCUAGCAGCCAAGGGAGUGCCGCUCGUGGCGAGGCCAUCGUCAGAAGAGCCGAGAAGACGACUCUGGCGUCAACGGUGUCCAGCCUCCUGCCAAGAGACGUGCAAAGAAUACCACUUUGCCCCCCCGUGCCAGCGCCAGUGCCGGUGCCCCCAUCGGUUGGCCUCUCAACCGCCGAAGCCUACCUCAUCGACCAUCAAGACCAGUCCUCGCCAGAUGAGAACCCGUUCUCCUACUUCGACAAUAUCAAUAUCGUCGUCACUGAUGACAAGAGUACCGGCAUCAAAAAGGUCAUUGCUUCCGCCCUCAUCGCCACCGACAACUCCUCCCUCGCCAACUGUGAGGUCAUCUUCUUGAUCUGGCGUGACGGCAAGGUCACCGAAGGCUGGUACCGCGCUAACGCCGACAUGUUGCACGAGUACAUCGUUGACCAGAAGGAAUUGGUGGUCAGAGGAGUCCGUCCUGCCGUUCCCGCCACCGAAGAUGCUGAAGACCUUUGGGUGAAGGUCGUGUUCUUCGCUAAGGGCCAGAGCUCUAAGGCUAUCAGAGCAUAUGAGAAGUUUGAGCUGUUGAGAGACCGAGGCGGCUCUCCAAGAGUGGGUGCCCUUCUCAUACGCCGAUACGGCGAGAGUUGCUGCUGUGUGCUAGUGCCUUUCUAG